GAUGGAGAAUACUCAGUUAGAGAAAGUACAACAAGGAUCAAAUUAUUUAACAAGACAUUCCAGGAGAAGAAAAAUAUUCGACCUACAUUCUUAUGUGAGCACAUGUAUGGAGGGACAUUAUUAGCAAUGUGCUCAAAUGACUUCAUCUGCUUUUAUGACUGGGCUGAAUGCAUAUUAAUUAGGCGGAUCGAUGUUAAUGUGAAAAAUGUUUAUUGGGUGGAUAGUGGUGAUUUGGUGGAAAUAGCUAGUGAGUCAUCAUUCUACAUACUAAAAUACAAUCGUGAUGUUGUAUCAUCAUUUUUUGACAGUGGAAGUUCAGUUGAUGAACAAGGUGUCGAGGAUGCUUUUGAGCUGCUUUAUGAAAUAAAUGAGCGUGCCAGAACAGGAAUUUGGGUUAGCGAUUGUUUCAUCUAUACUAACACUUCUUCGCGUCUUAAUUGCUGUGUUGGCGGAGAGGUAAACAAUUUUUGA